GGUUUUUUAGCAGCUGCGACUGUGGCGCGAGGGUGGAAGAGUCGCCAUGGAGCAGUGGGAGCUGGACGCCGACGCGGACAUCGACGCGGACGCUGACGAUGCCAUGGACGAGUUCCUGGACAAGUUCCAGAACCAGUCUUACAGUGGCGGCUUCCACGAGGAUCAGUGGGAGGAGGAAUUUGAAAAGGUCCCCUUAUUUAUGAAGAAAGCGCCCUCCGAAAUUGAUCCCAACGAAAAUCCUGACUUGGCUUGCCUCCAGUCAAUUAUUUUUGAUGAAGAGCGAUCUCCAGAAGAACAGGCCAAGACCUACAAGAAUGAGGGCAACGAUUACUUUAAAGAAAAAGAGUAUAAAAAAGCCGUGAUUUCGUACUCUGAAGGAUUAAAGAAGAAGUGCACAGACCCUGAUUUGAAUGUUGUUCUUUAUACCAACCGGGCAGCAGCACAGUUCUAUCUAGGCAAUUUUCGUUCUGCUCUCAAUGAUGUGACAGCUGCCAGGAAGCUAAAACCCUGCCACCUCAAAGCAAUAGUAAGAGGUGCCUUAUGCCAUCUGGAACUGAGAAACUUUGCUGAGGCUGUGAACUGGUGUGAUGAAGGGCUGCAGAUAGACUCCAAAGAGAAGAAGCUUCUGGAAAUGAGGGCUAAAGCAGACAAGCUGAAGAGAAUUGAACAGAGGAAUAUAAGGAAAGCAAAGCUGAAAGAAAAGAAGGAGCAGAAUCAGAAUAAGAUUUUAUUCCAGGCCAUCAAGGCUAGGAACAUCAAGCUAGUCUCUGAAGCUACCAGUGAGGAUGAAGAUUCAGACUUAGAAGAUCUAGGUGAGCUUUUUCUGGAUCGGAUCAGCUCGGAGAACCGCUAUGGAGCCAGGCUGAGUGUAGACGCGCGGGGCAGGUUAAGCUGGCCUGUGCUCUUUCUGUACCCAGAGCACACCCAGUCGGACUUCAUCGCUGCUUUUCACGAGGACACCAGGUUUAUUGAUCAUCUGAUGGUGAUGUUUGGUGAAAUACCCUCUUGGGACUUAGAGGAAAAAUACUGCCCUGCUAAUAUACAGAUCUACUUCGAGGAUGACGGUGGGACAGAACUGUACCGGGUGCCGCCCGAGAGCACCCUGCUGCAGGUGCUGCAGCACCCCAGGUACUUUGUAAAAGCCCUGAUACCAGCAUUUUUGCUGUGUGUAGGAGCCUCUAGUUUUUGUAAGAAUUAUCUCCGGGGGAAAAAGCUGCAUGAGAUAAAGUGGUGACCGAGCUGGGCCCCUGGAUCUCGUCCCUCACUCAUCUGAACCUUCCUUGCAUCAUGGUGGGGGAAGAGCUGCUGACUUCCCUGAAGUACAUCGUGUCUGGUCAGUGCCAAGUUCCAGCUGGUCACCACUCCCCUCCAUUGAUACAAAAACUAUAGCAUGGUCAUGACAUCCUUGGAGUCCCUGUGAGCUGUGUUACCAUCAGCCUCCAUCCCUGACUUCCCACAACAACUGACCUGAGGAAGACUGACAUGUGGACACAGGCUCAGGACCCAGUGCUAGGGUUUGGACUUCUGUGGUGGUAGUGGCCUCAGAGAACGAGAACCUCUGUAGAGAGGCUUGCCCUAUAGGGAUAGGAGACCCUUGCAAGUGAGAUGGGCUCAGAAAAGUCAGCUCCUGUUUCUGUACCUGUAAAGAAGUAUAGGUGGGGACCCUCCGACCCCACUAAAAAACAAAACCCAAAAUUGACCACUUUUCCUGAUCUGUAUGGUAGGGAAAAUUGUGACAGACUUGUCCCUCCCCAGUGUUCACAUUUUAGGAUUUUGUGCCUUUUAAAAAUCUUUGCAGUGGAGUCAUUGUCCUAGUUCGUAUGUAUGUCUGCUGCUAUUUGCCUCCUUCCUAGAGGGUAGUAUGGGGCCUCACCUGCAGCCAUGUGGUGUCUUGCAGUACCUACUCCACCCACCAGGGGGUGUAAAGGGACGUGGGUGGACGUGUCUGGACAGAAGGUUGGUAAGUUCAUGCGCUCUUCCUUCUGCCACGAACAUACUUCCCAGAGAGGGGCUCUUCCAUCAGCCUGGGAGCCAGAAUGGCAAGACGCGGAGCAGAAGCAGCUGGCCUGUUGACUGUAACAUGGAGAAAUAGAUGUCAUUGUAGUAGUUAAGCACUGAGCUUGUUCCUGUAGCAAAGCUAAAUAAUACAUCAUUAAACAGAAAUGGCUGCUGUCCUCAA